AUGCUGUCUCACGCCGACCUCCUGGACGCCAGGCUAGGUAUGAAAGAUGCUGCCGAGCUUCUGGGCCACCGGGAGGCGGUGAAGUGUAGGCUGGGCGUGGGGGGCUCCGACCCCGGGGGCCAUCCGGGGGACCUAGCGCCCAACUCCGACCCAGUCGAGGGAGCCACUCUGCUGCCCGGGGAGGACAUCACCACAGUGGGCUCUACGCCGGCCUCUCUGGCGGUGAGCUCAAAGGACCCGGACAAGCAGCCGGGGCCCCAAGGUGGCCCGAACCCCAGCCAAGCAGGUCAGCAGCAGGGCCAACAGAAGCAGAAGCGCCACCGGACGCGCUUCACCCCGGCGCAGCUCAACGAGUUGGAGAGGAGCUUCGCCAAGACUCACUACCCCGACAUCUUCAUGCGCGAGGAGCUGGCGCUCCGUAUCGGGCUGACGGAGUCCCGAGUGCAGGUCUGGUUCCAGAACCGGCGAGCUAAGUGGAAGAAGCGCAAGAAGACCACCAACGUGUUCCGUGCACCGGGGACGCUGCUGCCCACGCCAGGCCUGCCUCAGUUCCCGUCGGCCGCCGCCGCCGCCGCCGCCGCCAUGGGCGACAGCCUGUGCUCUUUCCAUGCCAACGACACCCGCUGGGCGGCAGCCGCCAUGCCGGGAGUGUCGCAGCUGCCGCUACCGCCGGCGCUGGGCAGGCAGCAAGCCAUGGCACAGUCGCUGUCCCAGUGCAGCCUGGCGGCCGGUCCGCCGCCCAACUCCAUGGGCCUGUCCAACAGCUUGGCGGGCUCCAACGGCGCGGGGCUGCAGUCGCACCUCUACCAGCCUGCCUUUCCCGGCAUGGUGCCCGCCUCCCUCCCCGGCCCCAGCAAUGUCUCCGGCUCGCCCCAGCUCUGCAGCUCCCCGGACAGCAGCGACGUGUGGCGGGGCACGAGCAUCGCCUCCCUCCGCCGCAAGGCGCUAGAGCACACAGUCUCCAUGAGCUUCACUUAA